AUGUCCAUAGAAAGACUACAUUUAUUUCAGAACAAUGCUGGAGUAGUGUCGAUACCUGAUCAGCAAACUGAACUAAAGAGCCCUGCAGCACCACAGGCACCUUCCAUGACUGGUGACCACUACGAAGCGAGAAUAAAAAGAGAAGAUGACUGGGAGCCGCCAAUGAACUUUGGACCCUGGAUGGCUCGUGGAUUCUUCGGCUUCAAGAAACCCAAAGCAUAA